GUGAAGGGAUCGAACAAGGCACUAGGACCUAGGAGGCGUCUCAUCCACCCUGGCAGGAAUUUCUUGCUUGGAGCUCAGACAACAAAGGCAGAGUGAGCCUGGUUUUCUUUCUCUCAGCAUCUCCACCCUGUGCGCUGAAAACCGCUUCAAAUCUUUAGGGUUCACCAAACUAUGGAACUUGAUUUUGGACACUUUGACGAAAGAGACAAGGCGUCCAGAAACAUGCGAGGCUCACGUAUGAACGGGCUGCCCAGCCCCACUCACAGUGCUCACUGUAGCUUCUACAGAACCAGGACCUUACAGGCGCUGAGCAAUGAGAAGAAAGCCAAGAAGGUGCGUUUCUAUCGCAACGGGGACCGCUACUUCAAGGGGAUUGUAUACGCUGUGUCCUCUGACCGCUUCCGAAGUUUUGAUGCUCUCCUGGCUGACCUGACCCGCUCCCUGUCCGACAACAUCAACCUGCCUCAGGGAGUCCGCUACAUUUACACCAUCGAUGGGGCGCGGAAGAUCGGGAGCAUGGAUGAGCUGGAGGAAGGUGAAAGUUAUGUCUGCUCAUCCGACAACUUCUUCAAGAAGGUGGAAUACACCAAGAAUGUCAAUCCUAACUGGUCCGUCAAUGUGAAGACAUCUGCCAACCAGAAAGCACCUCAGUCUCUGGCCAGCAGCAACAGCGCCCAGGCAAAGGAGAACAAAGAUUUUGUGCGGCCCAAGCUGGUAACCAUCAUCCGUAGCGGGGUGAAGCCCCGGAAAGCAGUCCGUGUUCUCUUGAACAAGAAGACUGCCCAUUCGUUUGAGCAAGUUCUCACUGAUAUCACUGAAGCUAUCAAGCUGGAGACAGGAGUGGUCAAAAAGCUGUAUACUUUGGACGGGAAACAGGUGACCUGUCUCCAUGAUUUCUUUGGGGAUGAUGAUGUGUUUAUCGCCUGUGGUCCAGAAAAAUUCCGCUAUGCACAGGAUGACUUUUCUCUGGAUGAAAGCGAGUGCCGGGUGAUGAAAGGGAGCCCGGCGACUGCCACGGGCAGUAAGUCAUCUCCCACCCCUCAGAAGAGCUCAGCAAAGAGUCCAGCUCCUAUGCGCCGCAGCAAGUCUCCAGCUGAUUCAGGUAACCAUCAAGAUGCAAAUGGGACCUCAAGCAGUCAGCUGUCUACACCCAAAUCCAAGCAGUCCCCGAUCUCCACACCUACCAGCCCAGGGAGCCUCCGUAAGCACAAGGUAGACUUGUAUCUGCCUCUGUCUUUGGAUGACUCUGAUUCCCUUGGAGAUUCCAUGUAAAGCGACACGAAGUUAAUUGUCCAUAUUGUGAGCUAUGUUUAAGAUACAGUAGAGUACUUCUGCCAAAAUAAGCAGAUAGGUGACUGGUGCUUUCAGAUCAGACAAAGGACACACAGUUAUAUGUCGUUUUUUUUCUGUGAUUUAUCCUCUGUGCCACAAACCAACACUUGCCAGUCUAUAGAGAUAGAGGGAUACCAUUCUUCUAAUAGGGAUGCAAAAUGGAUAUUGCCAGCAAUUUUGGGCCAGUAUGCCAACAAUCCUUGUGCAUUUCCCAUUUUCUUCUAUUAUUUCUUCUUCUGCUGCAAAUACGUAAUUUUCCUAAUGAUAGUAAAGUAGCUCCCCCUGGUAUGGUGCAAAUCAAUCUCUUGCUGACCAAUCUGUAAGCUCAAGUAAAGCACAUUCUAUUCUUUAUCUGUCCAAACUGCCAACGUUUGCUUGCUCACCUGCUCUUCAUUUGCAGCUCUGAUUUUAACACCUGCAUACUAACUAGUACUGUUUUUGUUGUUACAGGGCAGGAAGGGAAAUGACUUAUUAGUUUCAUGCUUAAUAUGCCAGCAGAAGCUUGGACGAGAUUAGGAAUGAUUGUAUGAGAUGCUAAGUAAGGUUAGUGCAAUAGCGAUUCUUCAGAUAUUGAAAUACUGGGAGUUGUUAAAUUAUUAAUCAAAAAAAUAAAAAUAAAAAAAAAGUCAGCAGAGUUUCUGGAGUCGAACAGCUUUCACAUAUGGUCCAAAGACACUAUUAGCUGGUAACAAAUUUUUAUAAUUACCCUAUGGUAUCUCUCUAUCUCUGUUUAUAACAGUAAUGCCUUGUGAACAGCCAACACUGAAAACACUGUGAAAAUUUGUUUUCAGGUCUGACAUCCUAUAGGUCGCUUUUUAUAGCAAAAAAAAAAUACUCUUUUUAUAAAGGAAAACCUUGUAUCUGUGUUUUGGGAGUAAGGAUUCAAGCUCCUUCUUUUUUAUAAAAGCUGGUAAUUUUGUUUUGUUUAAAAAAACACAUUCAGAAAAAUGUACAAAAAAAACCAACCAACAACUGCAGAACACUAAUAACAACAAAUCAGUUUAGAAAACUUGUCAUCACUGCCAAAACAGACACUUGUAGGGGAAAAAACGUUAAUUCAAAAUAUUGAAUGUUUUGAUAGUUUUUGUAAUGUUUAAGACUACGUAUUUGGUUUUUUACACUUCAGUAUUCAUAACUAUGGCCAGAUUCUCUACUUAUAUAACAAAUAGAACUUUGUGGUGUUCAAAAACACGUAUUUUAAGAAACUCUUCUAUCUGACAAAAGCAAACUUAUUGUAUUUAGAGAAACCUUUCGCUUUUAUUAAUCAGUAAUGACUCCUACAGAAUGCAAAGUUCAUCUAUUCAUGCAGGGCUGGUGGUUUUUGCUACGCCGAAGCUUUGUCAUAGGCUAGCUGGCAUUGCCUCUCUCUCAUGGAAUAAGCUUUCGAUAAAACUGAUUAUUACAGAACUUUACUUAAAUGAAAUCCGUGCAAUCAAAUCUUUCUUUGUUGCUCUAUUUGCCUUUGUUUCAAUGUAUACACCUACUCCUUAUUCUCUUGCAACCCCUUGUGAUUAGAAUGAAUUAUAAUGUUGUGAUGUUUGAUGCUAUAUGAAUGCUGGGUUGUUCAGAAAGCCACUCCACAUUUUGUUUGCUUGCACUGCUGGUAUGAAACAAUCUGUGCAGGCUGUGUCUUUAUAUGUGAUGAUACAUAUAAGGCAACUUAAAAAAGAUGCAUCUGAGAGAGGACAGAAUCGUGAAUUACCAUGGGGUAAGAGUUAUGCACCAAAUUUGCACCCUGUAGUUUUAGUGCAUGAUCAUUUACACACAGAGUUUUGCACAAGAAAUCAUUGGUGCCCACAAAUAACUUCAUUUAAUUGACUAAUUUGCUGACUAUGCGACUGCUAAAUGAACAUUUCACCUGUUGUAUAUAGCAUCCUGGUUUCAGUUCAAAAGGCUAGAGGCUCAUGUUGAAGCCCUGGAGUGUGUGGGGGAAAGGAUGGUAUUGUGGACCAAGCGUAGGUGCAGUAGUCAGGACGCCUUCAUUCGAGCUUUGGCACUCCUAGAUUUAGUGUCUGGACAGGGGCAGGUCUCUCAGUAACCCUGUGCCUCAAUAGGUCUAUCCAUCCCUACGGGGAUAAUACUGCUCUACCUCACUGGGGGGUGUGAGUCCAAAUGUUGGUUAACAUUUGUCAAGUGCUUUCAGAUCCUCUAACAGAAGGUGCUCAACUGUUCUGGGUGCAGAUUUGGUUAUGGGUGCUAAUUUUUGGCUGUUUAAUCUGCUAGGUGCUACUGUAGACACCAGUCUUGAGAAAAUAUGGCUUUUAAAGUAUCAGGAUAUCGAAGGCCAAGGUUAUACCAACAAUAUUAUUCAUUAGAGCUUUUGUCUUAACAAAAGCUUUAGUGAGACAAAUAAUUUAACAUGCUUUUACCCUCACCUCUGUUCUGCUGAUGGAAAUCUGAGCCUUUCCCCAGGCUCUGCCCUUCCAGGGACCCUGACUAGUAGUCAUGACUGCCUGUUAAGAGAUGAUGGAUUUGAACUCCAGUCGGAGGUGUCACUUAGUGACACAGGCUGUUCCCUUCACAGCCAGGGACAUCAUGUCCUGCCACCUUCCUGUGAGUCCUUACUAACCCAGGAGACCAGCCAUGAAAGUAGAUUUAGGUUCUCUUACUCUUCAGUAUAGGACACUCACCACAGAUCCACCAGGAAAACCUAAAUCUUUGAUAUCCAUAAGCAGACUGAAGUGCUAGAGCUGAUGGUGGUAUGAAAAGAGUCCAAAAUGUGCUUUCAUCCAAAAUCCAUGAGUUCAGUUUGUAUAAGAUAAAGCAGGAUGCCAAAGGGCAAACGAACCUUUGGAUGGAAAGAUGGUUGUUGAGAGGUGGUUCUUUUUCUUCCUGCCACAAGUAGUGUUUGGUUAUUUAAAGAUGCUCUUCCUUGUAGAGCAUGCUAAAGAAUGUUAGGCCUUCCUGGGCUGUACCCAGUGACAUAUCUAAAACCUGAUCCUGUGAGUGCUGCCUUGGGAGUGGAGUUUUGUUUGCAGAAGUAUCAUCCUGGGGCAGGUCUGAGCCCAAUAAUUCCUUCAGGGGACUAGCAAGGGAACUUGAAAAGGCCUAAAAGAAGAAGAAGAAAAAAGAAUCUUCAGUGGGAAAAAUAGCCAUUCAAACCAGCAAACGCCACAAAGAAAACAGGGUAUGAGGUCAAACUCCCAAGUUUUAAAAAGCAAUUUUCUAGGUAGAAAUGCCUGGGCAGUAGAAGUCAGUGAGCAUUUCAGCUGUAACAUAGAGUUAAGUCUGUAUUAAUGCCAAUAUUGCAUGAGUUCUUGUACAGAAAUGCAUGUGGAAUGUAGAGUACAUUCACCACUAGGUAUCUUUGGCUUUGUAGGAUCCCUAAGAUAGAUUUGAAUACAAAGGGAAACAAUGCACAGGCGUCAUACCUUAGUCAUUUAAAUAUAGGUACAGCCCUGAUUCAGGAAAGAAGUUAAAGACAUGCUUAAAUUUUAGUACAUGCUUUACUCCUGUUGAUUUUUCACGAGAUGUAAGCUUGGGUUUGGUCAGAAGGCUUUCCUGAACUGGAAUGAAUUAGGAAUUAGUUUCAAUAUACUAUAAUAAUUCCAGACCUUAUGAGAGAUCCUGGAGCACGUGAUAGUAAUUCCACUGUAUACUCCAGAGUUUACUUUUUAUAUUUUUUUCUACUUUUACAAGCACAUAAAACACCACAGGAUAUGAGGAUUUGCCAUAUUAAUUCUGCUAUAAAAACCCUGUCUAAUUUCCCUCAUGAGGCUGCCUUUAGUGUUUUCAGAGAUUAAUUGAAUCACUAAGACUAUAUUGUUUUAAAAUAAUACGGUAUUUAAAAACAAACUGGGGAGACUCUUAAAGUGGUACAGAGCUUUGUUUCUUUGAAAUUUGCGUUUAUUUAUUCAAUAUCCAGUAUAUUCUAACAGAUUUGCAUAUAAAACAGUAAAAACACCUAUUUCAGACACAUAAUCAUUAAGAGGGAAUUAAAGCAAUCCUCCAAGCACUGAGAGACUGAUUUAUUUCAUAUUCAUACCUUCAGUGAUGGUCUUGACUGUAGAACAUGAGGGCAACGCAGCAAAAUUCUUGAGUGUUAGGAUUUUUGUCACUUGUAAAACAUUUAUAUUCUGAAAUUUCUGAGUUGAAGUCCCCCCUGAGUUAAUUCAGUUCUACCAGCUAGAUAGCCAACCCAGUCUCUAGUCCUUGAAGUAAUUUUGAAAGAGUUUGGUAAUGGAAUUCUACCUUGGUCUGCUCUGCAGAGGGAGAUGGAAAUAGCUUUUGCUUACCAUUGUCUGUGUUUCCUGUAUCUGCACACUAUUUACAGUCUUGUCAGAAUGUGGAAACACUUAACUCUGUUAUUUUCAUAGGCAACAGAAAAAUAAUUCUACUUAGAAAAGAACUUCCACAUCUCCCUUUCUCAUUUAGCUAACACAAAUAUGCAUGUGAAGAAUCACACACAGUCUAGAUGUUAUUUCUCUCAUUUCCUUGAACAGUGCUUUUGAAAGGAAUAAAGGGAGUUAGGACCAAAAAUUGUGCUUACAGCAAAACAGUGUUACACCCAGGCAUUUCUAAUAGGAAAUACUGGUAUAAAAGUGUUAGUUUCCUGUUAUUGAAAUGGAUACUGAUGACAUUUUAUAGGAUGCCUUGUGUUUGCUUUUUCAUGUCGUUGAGCUCAGUGCUGGUCUUACUGCAAGUCAAAUAAAACCUGGUGAAAUUGCUCUGUAACACCAUGCUGAGUCCCUAAAGAGACAUUGUUCCAGUGACAGCCAUCCCUGGAAGUUGCACCCUCUCUACAGGGGCAUGGUAUGGACCUUACAGUAUGAGCCCUCUUUACUGUAGUAAAAGCACGGGUGUAUUUUGCCAUUGACCUCAGUGGCACCCCACAUCCAUUCAGGAUAAUUGGAGAGUUGUCUUUGACUAUAGUAGAGGCAGAAUUGUUUUUAGAGAAAGGAAGAAAAGAUAGCCAAGUAAAUAAGGUAUAAAGUUAGUCCAGAAGGUGUCUCCUCAAGCUAAGACAAUCCACAACCAGAGAAAAGCUAUAUAGAGGUGCGUUUACCACACACAAGGUGCUGGUCAUGACCAAGACAGAACAAAACGGUUUCUUUUCUUUAGUGGUAGUUUCAACUUGAAGUUAUUUUUCUGGUUGCUGAUGGAAGAAAGUCAAAAUAGUAUUUGGGACUGGUGAUGUUGUUUGUAGAAACAAAUGAACAGCACAGGAUGAAGAUCUUUUUCUGUUUAUAUAGACAGUGUGAUGUCAGUCCAGGCAACAGGAUUAGUGCUUUAUACAAGAUAGCUAGAACAGGUCCAGCUGAAAGACCACCUUGGUGUACUGAGACCAAGGAGGUUAAUUCUUCAAGUGCCUUCCAACAUGCUUUGGGCAUCAGAAGCGGGACUAUACGUGUGCCCAGCAAGGCCUGGGUAAAAUGGCCUUGUCAAAAGUGGACAGGACAGACUGUUUGAUUCCUGAGCCUCUUGAGAUGAUUAGCCCAUCUUGCAUUUAUGUAACUAGCUCUUGAAAGUGACUGUCUCCAGGAUCAUGGAUUUCUUCUGGCUGAUGCCUCUGUCCCAUCCAUACGAAUCUGAGCAGGCCUCUCCAUGCUGUCUCAGGAAAUGUUAAAACUGAGUCCUGUGUCUCUCUACAUCGAUGGGGCUGAGCUAGGUUCUGCUGCAUCAGUCAUCAAUACUGUUAUUCAGGUAUUCUUCACCAGCCCUCUUUGCGAAAGACUGAGGACAGCGUGCCCAUAGACCCCUGUGGAUUUUGUUGUUUUGUUUUUUCCCUCUGGAAAAAACAAAAAGAGUAAUUUGACGUUUUCAGGUAUGGGCUAA